GCAAAUCGUCUUCGGGUUUCAGGCCGGAGGGAGUGGGGCACAGAACAGAACCGGACCGGAGGGGUCCGAGCCGAGCCGGGACAGGACAGAAGAAAAGAAACCGUUACGCGUGAGAGGGAGCGGAAAGGAAACGGGACCCACCAGCGGGUGCAAAGUGCAACCGUUGGCUGCACCAAAAACGCUUUUUCUUACCUUUUUCUUCCUUUCUUUCGUUCUUCGCUUUCACUCUCUCUCUCUCUCUCUCUCUUUGUAAAAGGCUUGAUCCGAUCUCCAAACCUCUGUUGCUUGCAAUUUGUGUUUCGCACGCUCCACAAUCAUAUUUAUCUGCCCGUCAGUCUCCUCUGCCCGCUUCUGAUCUCCGAACGAUACGAUUGCCGCGUUGUCGAUUGAUUGAAUUUCUUGUUGUUGGGUUCUCCUUCUUGAACUUCUUGAUCAUCCCUGUCGAUCGACACACCAGGCUUUCUUUCUUGUCACUUCAUCACUUAAGCCAUGACCACCGAGCUCCUGGAUAUUCAACCCCGCGAGCUCAAGUUCACAUUUGAAUUGAAGAAACAGAGUUCGUGCUCAAUUAUACUCAGCAACAAGACUGAACAGCAUGUUGCUUUCAAGGUUAAGACCACAUCACCAAAGAAAUACUGCGUACGACCCAACAGCGGUGUCAUCAAACCAAAAUCUUCAUGUGACUUUACAGUAACAAUGCAAGCUCAGAGGGUAGCACCUCCGGAGAUGAAAUGCAAAGACAAAUUCUUGGUGCAGAGCACCAUCGUUCCAUUCGGAACUAGUGAAGAGGAAAUAACUUCUGAUUUGUUUGCCAAAGGAAGUGGGAAGUAUGUUGAAGAGAGGAAGAUAAGAGUGUCACUCGUUAGUCCGGUCGAAUCUGCAGUACUACUGCCAAUCAAUGGAGGUCAGAAGCAGGACCCUUGCCCGGAAGCUUCGCUACUGAGUGAUAGAGUCCCCAGUGGGAUUGAAAACAUCCCUCCGCCUCACACAGUGUCUGAGGAUAUGGAGGGAUUGGAUGCAGGGAAGGCCUCAGUCGGCCAUCAGGAAGAAACCAACGAGACAGAGCCAACGACAUUUUGGCACGAGGACGAACUUAAAAUUUAUCAGAACAUUCAGUACCCAAACUCAGCAGAGGACUUGGAGGGAUUGAAAUCGAAGCUCAGAGUGAUGGACUCAAAACUGAGAGAGGCUGAACGUACUAUUGUGAAGCUAACAGAAGAGAGAAGAGUGACAAACCGGGAGAGGGAAAAACUCAAGCGCGAUUUGGAGAUGUUGAGGAAGAGCCGGCCGAAGAAAGCUCAAGUGGGUUUUCCUUUGCUCUAUGUAUGCACGGUUGCUCUUAUUAGCAUGGUCGUGGGAUAUUUGGCCCAUACUUAGCACUGGCAACUUUUACUGUCGCCGUACAUCCUCCGAGAAUCCGGUGAUGCAAGACAUUGGCCUGCUUGUAUGUCUUGACGGAUGUCCAGUAACGAACUUUCCAUUGCCCAGCUUCAAUGGCGGUGCUUCCAUUUCAAUGGAAACAAUAGGAAGUUUUGGGCAAUUUUCUCGCUGUUGAUGAUCGCAAUGAUAGUGGCCCGAUGAGUACUCGAAAUUCAUUCGGUAUAGUAUCGAUGGACUAAAAAAGCCUCAUGUUGCACCUUAGUAGACUAGAAUAUU